CAUAACAGAAAGACUACUACGCCCCGGUCAAUAAGAGUUGUGUGUGUGAUAACCGUCACCAUUUCUACUGUUUGAACACGACGUCGUCGCUUGGUUUUGAGUCCGCUACUCGACAAAGCUUACAGCUUUUUGAUCUAAUUAAUAUUCACAUUUCAAGCACAAGUUAUAAUGGAAUCUAAUAUAAUGGAAAACUGUACAAAUGAAUUUACCCCUAGAACUUAUCAAAUUGACUUAUAUGAAAUUGCUCUUCAACAAAAUACAAUUAUUUAUUUACCAACCGGUUGCGGGAAAACUUUUAUUGCUGUUAUGCUAAUUAGACAAUUAAGCAGCGCUAUACGGAGGCCAUACGCCGAAGGUGGAAAACACACUGUAUUUUUAGUCAAUAGUGUACCUUUGGUCACGCAACAAUCUAAUUACAUUGCAAGAACAACUGGAUUAACGUGCGGUGAAUACUAUGGCGAGAAGGGAGUUGAUUAUUGGAGCGAUAAAGAAUGGAAUACAGAGUUGGAAAAUCAUCAGGUUUUAAUAAUGACGUCUCAAAUUUUUUUGGAUGCGUUAUGUCACAGCUUUAUGUUUUUGAAUCGAGUAAACCUGUUGAUAUUAGAUGAGUGUCACAGCGCAGUGAACGAUCACCCCAUGCGGCAAAUUAUGCAAUUGUUCAAAGCUUGCGCCGUAGAAGAACAACCAAGAGUUUUGGGUCUGACAGCUACGUUGUUGAAUGCUAAUGUACACCUAAAUAAAGUGGAGUCAAUUAUUCGGAAUUUGGAAAUCACGCUCCAUGCAAAGAUAGCUACGGUAAAUUCUAUGUCGCAAGUUAAAAAUUGUUAUGCGCAGCCAAACGAAACGUUUGUUAAAUUCAAGAAAUUUACACUACCCGAUGUUGGAACACUUAUUUGGGAAACAAUCCAAGAGAUGACAGAAUUCUUAAAGUGUAUAGAGCUUGAGUCUUCUUCAAAGAAUCUUGAGUCGAGCGAGAUUUUCAGGUCAAAACCUGUAAGUGAAAAACUGGCUAACUUAUUAACCAGUGUUAUGGAUCAGUUUCUUGAAACAGGAGUAUACGGAGUGUACGAAUGUAUCUUACUUCAUAUGAUACAAUUAGAAAGUCUGAAGAAACAUAACGAAGAUGUGGAAACUAGCUAUGUUUAUGAAUAUCUCAUCUCAGAAUUCACAAAAUUUCGGAAAUUAUUAGAAGAAGAAAUGAAAGACACUUCAGUGGCAAACAGACUAAAGAUCUUUACGUCCAAUAAAGUUCAACAACUUUUUGCGAUAUUACUUGACUUUUAUGAAAGCAAGUUAGUUGAACAGAAAUUUUGUUGCAUUAUAUUUGUAAACAGACGUUUCACAGCAAAAGUGUUGUACCAUUUGCUAAAGAAUUUGUCCACACACGAGGAAAAAUUUAGAUUUUUGCAACCUGAUUAUGUGAUUGGCAUCUCGCUCGAUCCUUUCAAGAAUUCCAAGGAAAACUUAUGUAUGUCUAAAUGGAAUAAAGAAGUUUUAUGCAGAUUCAAUAAUGGCACCUCAAAUUGUUUAAUUGCAACAGAAGUUGUUGACGAGGGUAUCGACGUACCAUCUUGUACAUUGAUUAUUAGAUUCCAUUUGCCAAUGAAUAUUAGAGCUUACAUACAAAGCAAAGGUAGAGCACGAUACAAUACCAGUCAAUUUACAUUAUUAAUAGAACAGGAUGAUACCAAUUAUUUGAAACGAUUUAAAAAUUUUAAAAAGAUCGACUCGCAUUUGCAAGAGCUGUUAUUAGGUAAAACUCAAGGUCGCGAGGGACCAACAGAAAAUGAAAUAGAAGAUACGUUAUAUGCACGCGACGUAGAACCGUAUAUUGUUACGAACCGUGAUGGACAUAAAUGCGUUCUACACGGAGCAUCAGCGAUUAGUCUCAUAAACAUGUACUGUUCUAAAUUAAACACUUCUAAAUUUGUCUGUUUAACCCCUGUUUGGAGAUUGAUUGAAACUGAGAAAAUCGUGAACCAAGAACAAUGUAAAUCGUAUCAGGUUUCGCUUAAAUUACCGAUCGUAUCGCCUUACAAGAAUACGGUAGUUGGAGAUUUUCAGUCUACAGUUACUACUGCAAAGAGAUCUGCUGCUCUGAAGAUGUGUAUAGAAUUACAUAAAUUUGGUGAAUUAAAUGACAAUUUAUUACCACGGGAGGUUGAUUUUAUUCCAGAAAAUACAAAUUAUUUAUUCCCAAAUUGGGUGGAAGAGAACAAAACAGAGCUAGAAGUAAUCGGAACAAAGAAAAAGAAACGAUCUCAUGAGUUACAGUUUCCAUCGGCCCUAUAUGGUGCAUAUCCUUUGCCGUCUAAACCAGUCUAUCUUCAUUUACUUCAUGCUAGACCCACAUAUCCGGCACCACAUUAUGAUAAUCGAUAUCUGGUUUUUUAUAAUUUACUAUGCGACAAAGCAGGCUUUGGAAUACUUUCUUCAAAACAAAUGCCUUUGAUACCAUCUUUUCCAAUUUUUAUGAAUGUUGGAGAACUACAAGUUGACGUUAAAGUCAAUUAUGCGACCAUGAAUUUGUCUGCGACAGAAAUAAGUUCCAUAAAAGUCUUCCAUAGUUUGAUAUUCAGUCGGGUUGUCCCAAUUAUCAAGUCAUUUAUGAUAUUCGACAAUUACAAUCGUGACAAUUGCUUUUUAAUCGUGCCAGUGAAUGAAAAGUGGGAAAUAAAUUGGGAGGCCAUACAACAACAUCAACAGAUACAAAGUGUACCACCACCAGCUCCUUUUGAAUUUCAGCCUGACAAUUAUCAUGAGCUGUCGUUAGUCAUGCCGACCUAUAGAGCAGCCCAAGAAGUGUAUGUAGUUACACAGGUUUGCGAGGAUCUUACUCCGAAUUCGUGUUUUCCAACGGACAAUUUUUAUUCGUAUGUCCAUUAUUAUAAACGUAAACACGGGUUGACGAUAAAUAAUUUAAGUCAACCGAUGUUGGAGGCAAAAAUGAUAUCGAAACAAAUUAAUUGCAUAAAGCCUAGGACAAUGCAAUCUGAAUCAAAGUAUCGCAAGCGCAUGGAAACCAACGAUGUCUUGAAAGAGCACCUAGUCCCAGAAUUAUGCAAGAUAAUUAAAUUUCCAGCUUUAUAUUGGCUAAAAGCAACAAUGCUACCUUCUGUGUUACAUAGAAUCUCACAGCUUUUAAUUGCUGAAGACUUACGACGCGUUAUCGUCAACGAAGCUGGCUUCGAAUCGGUAGAUGACGUUAGUCAGUGGCCUCCGUUGGUAAUAAAAGAAGAAGAUAUAGAAGAUUUUCACGAUUCUGUAACAAAAAUUUCUAUCGAUGAAAGCAUUCAAAAUUCCUCGCAGCCAGAGCCUGUACUAGUAGCCAGCCCGGAAAUAGAUGUAUUGAAUACAGAUAUAUAUAACUAUCCGUGGACAGAAAAUCAAGAACCACCAGAUUUGUGCAGAAGGAUCGAAGACAUCCGAUUGAUUGAUAUCGAGCAUCAUUAUCAAUUUAUGCUUAGCGGUUGUGACAUAAAUUAUAACGAAAUGAGAAGUAAAAAAGUAAAGUUUAUGAAUAAUUCGUCGGUUCCGAUACGUGAAUUAAAGGUGUUAUCGAUCGAAAAUUCAGAGAGUCCCAACCCUGUGGAGAUCAUGCAUGCACUUACAAGUAAGAUUGGACGUGAUGCAUUCGACUUGGAACGAUUGGAAACUUUAGGAGAUUCAUACCUGAAAUUUGUUACAUCUUUAUUUCUGUAUGAUACGUUUCCAAAUUGUGGCGAAGGAACGCUAACGACUGUCAAGAGCAAAAUAAUUGGUAAUCGUAAUCUUUACUAUUGCGGGAAAAAGAAGAGCAUUCCUGGACGUAUGAAAGUAGACGAGUUUGUGCCAUUGAGUAAUUUCAUUGCUCCAACUUAUUCAGUAUUCAGGCAGCUUCAAGAAGUGUUACUAGAUGCGGAGGUAUCUCCAAAUGUUUUGUAUGAAAUCCAAGUCCCUGAAAAGGAACAAUUUAGUGGAUGUAUUAGCGAAUUUACCAAAAAUGCGAUAGAAACCAAGGUUUCAAAUUGGGAAUCGGCUGAAACGCAAACUGGUAUGGAGCAUUAUCUUGGAAUGCAAACACUUCCCGAUAAAACAGUAGCCGACUGUGUAGAAGCAUUAAUAGGUGUUUAUCUUGUAAACAUGGGUAUUAAAGCUGCAAUCAAGCUAUUGACAUGGUUUGAAAUCUUACCGAAGCAAGUAAUCAAUAUUGAUGCACUUUUGUUGAACGUCCACGAGAAUCAGAUUAUUUCUCAAGGAAAUAUAGAUUAUUUGAUGCCCUGGGCCUCUGAUAUAGAGGAAAGACUUGGUUACAAAUUUAAAAAUCGAGCUUUUCUAUUGCAGGCUUUUACGCAUUCCUCUUACAGUCCAAACACUACGAUCGAAUGUUACCAAAGACUUGAAUUUCUUGGUGAUGCUGUUAUCGAUUUCUUGAUUACAUCCUAUAUUUAUGAAUACUGCGGAAAUUUAAAUCCUGGCGCUUUAACAGAUUUAAGAUCCGCCCUUGUCAACAAUAUUACAUUUGCGUGUUUGUCCGUACGAUAUGGUUUGCACACCGCAUUAUUAGCUUAUGCGCCGCAAUUAAUCGUUUCCAUAGAUCGUUUUGUUAAAUUUCAAGAAGAAAGAAAUCACGUUGUAAACGACGAGCUUUUAUGGAUUUUACUGGAAGAAGAUGAAUGCAAAAUGGUCGAAUCUGUAGAUGUACCGAAAGUUUUAGGAGAUUUAUUUGAGUCUGCAAUUGGAGCGAUAUAUCUCGAUUGUAAGAAAAACCUAAAAAAAGUAUGGGAAAUACUUUAUUCUCUCAUGCACAAGGAGAUUGAUGAAUUUAGUAACAAUAUACCUAAACAACCGGUCCGUGUAUUAUAUGAAACUGAGGGUGCGAGACCGCAAUUUUUAUCUGCAGUUCCUAUUGUUGGUACAAGUUCUGUUAUGGUGCCAUUAAAAGUAAUUAUUGCUGGACAAUUUAAGCGUUUUCAUGGAUUUGGUAUAAACAAGAAAGAAGCCAAACGAGCUGCCGCGAAACUAGCUUUAAAAUAUUUGUUACGUACAAAAACCUAAGUAUGUGCCCACAAGCAUGUAUUUAUAAUAUAUUAAAUUAACAAUUUCCAAGAAAUUGUAUACUUAAAUAUUGUUAUGAACGUUAUAAAUUUCUACCAUGCUUAUUA